CCACUUUUCCCAGAGGCUCGGAGUGCCAAGCAUGCCAGGUACGAAAGCCACAGUGAUACAGACAGUGGGGAUGAUGGUGCUGUUGUUCCCAAAAAGUUGUACGACGAUCUCCAUCAGAAGUAUCUUGCCCUAAAAAAAACUACAAGGGAACUUAAGGAAGACGUUGAAAAGAUGCGGACAAGAGAGGCCAAAAACACAGACAUUCUGGAUGUGAUUCUUGAGGGUGUAAACAGCAUCAAAUCAAAGCUCGAGAGCACUGGAGCAGGAUGCUCAAUAAAUGCAAACACCAAGCAUGAUAUCGUGAAGAAGGCUAAACUCAGAACUGACGGAAGAACGGUCUGUGUAAAUGACAGUGUUACCCUUAGUUUGGACCAAUGGGUCGCCUGUCAGCGACAAAAAAAAGAGUCCAAGUUUGUGAGGAGUCUGGCUACUGCCAUAUGGGGACGCAAUAUUUUGAAAAAUCGAUCUACGAGUGGCAAGGUGUCUAACCGUUUGAUAAAUGAUGGAGGUGCUGCGAAGCCACCACUGACUCCAACAAAACUUAAUGUGCUAGAAGCAUGCUAUGAGGACUGGCUACGUGAACAUGGCGCCAGUGGCGAUGUGUUGGCUGAGCGGAUGGCAGCAAUGACCACACACAUAAACAGCGCCGUACGUGACCUGGGCCGUGACGUGCGGCAUGCGCUAGGUACUGACCAAGAAUAACGGACCAAGUGUCUCUGGAACUAUGCUUGUCAAUGACGAC